CCACAAUGAUCGAGAAUGCAGCAAUCUUUGCGCGUGGAACUGCUAUUGAUCGUUUACGGGUUGAUUCUCGUUGUCUGGGGAAUCAAUGGAUUAAACAUACCCGAGUGCAGUGGCCAGAAUGGAUUUAUUAACAAUACGCGAUCCAAUUGCAAUUACUCCCUCAUCAAUUGCUCUGGCCAGAACUCGAUGUUCUGCACGGACAACACGACCUGCAAUGCCAACUUCACCUGUAGCGACAUACUUCCGGUGGAUAAUUCAACAGCACUACCCAUAAGCACAACUCCCAAUGUGGUAACCACAGCCUCGACAACUGUUUCACCUUCCGAUAUUCGACGAGAGUGUCGUCAGGGUGUUACCAAAAGAUUUAGCUAUCCGCAGAAUUGUAACUACUUCUACUAUUGCGUUGAUGGCUUUCUGCUGGUGGAGCAAUGUCCUAUUGGCUACGCAUUCGAUCCCCAAACUGGAGCUUGUGGUGGACGUACGUAAUCGCUCCAGCGAUUGUACUUUAAAGUGAAAAUAAUCGCACCAAACUUUUAAUUAAGCCUCUUGUCGUGUCAAAUUAAACAAUUAUAGCUAG